UGGCCGAAGCAAGCAGCGCCAAGCGCUGUUUAGGUGUUUAUCGCACACAGGCUGACGUACGCAAGGUCGAGUUGUAACUUUGCUUAUUUUUAUAAUUUAUGUUGUUUUCAAAUACGUUGUAAAAAAAUCACCAAGAGCCACUAUGUCGGAAAAAACUGCAAAGAAAACAGUUAGGCGUUCAGGACCUUCGGCAAUUGGAAAAUCAUAUCUACUGGCGUACAAUUUUUUACAAACUUUAGGAUGGUCCUAUUUAUUAUGGCAGUCCCUCGUAUACUUCCUGAACCGUGGGACCUUAGACGCUUAUUGGGACGAGAUCAAAUGGACGUUAUAUAUAUUCCAGGGAGGUGCCAUUUUGGAGAUACUUCACUCGCUACUGGGCCUAGUUUCGUCUGGCAUCCUGGUGGUGACGAUGCAGGUGCACUCGAGGGUGUUCCUGGUGUUCGCUAUCCUGAUGGCGUUACACAGUGCCACUGUCAGUCCCGGCCUGCCGCUCUGUAUUCUGGCCUGGUCCAUCACUGAAAUAGUGCGUUAUGCGUUCUACGGACUGAAUCUCAUCAACGCCGUCCCACAAACGCUCUCGUAUUUAAGAUACUCAACGUUUUUGAUACUGUAUCCACUCGGCGUGACCGGAGAAAUUCUCUGUAUGUAUCAUUCGCUGGAUGAAAUCGUUGAAAAGAAAUUGUACACUGUUUCAUUCCCCAACGACUGGAAUGUUGCAUUCAAUUUCUACUAUUUCAUGUACUUCUACAUGUUUAUGUAUUUCCCACUGUUCCCGUACCUCUUCGGGCAUAUGUUGAAACAGAGGAGAAAAGUGUUGGGUGAUGACACAAAGAAAACAAAGUAGUUGAGAGAUUUGUUAUCUUUUUUCUUUAAAUGGGACAUAUUUUGCACAUCUCACUACUCAAUUACCUUAACUUGACAAUAGGAUCAUGUAAACAUGCUCAUUUAGUACUUUUAAGAACCUAUUACUUCUUGAAAUCUAUAAUUUCUUCUUUAUUUCUAAAUCUUUAAUCCUGAAAAAGUCAGUUUUCCUUCGGUCCAAAAAUAAAAUCAAAAUGAAUGACACUUCUUCACCGAAAUAUUCCGGACAAUCUUAAGAUAUUAACCACUUUUGGAUGUCUCGAGUCUCCGUAAAUUAAUUACGAAUAAAACAGUCGACCCUUGCCAGACUUUGUACAUUUAAUGUGAAUCUUACGGCUUUUAAUUAAAGUACAAUGAAAUAGUUCAAUGUAUCUCUUAACCCUCUGGUACAUAUAAGGAUUUUUUGUUUUGAACCUUAUGUUACUAAGGUUCAAAAUAAGGUGGCAUCAAUUCUGCCACUACCAGGUAGUGUUUGUAAGGUGUAAAAAGUUAUGUACCUAAUACCUAACGGUGAAUAUACAUUGUUUUAAUUUUAAAUGACAAUGCAAGACCAAAUGUGAUGUCAUCAGUUUUAUAUAGACUAGAAUGUUUUUUCCGUUCGAAUAAAUUAUCAUACUUAAUUAAGUGUAUUAAAUUAACUUGUAAAAACGGGGUACUUAGGUCGAUUUUAACAGAUAAGUUCGAAUCUAUUUAAGUUUACGUUCACUUUUUACUAUGCUUUUUAGAACAUUAACUUACCUACAUCUUUUUUUCUCAUGGGUCUUUUAUUUAACAAUGUACAAAUAAUUUUAUUUAAAGAGGUAUGAUUUAUUUAUUUUUCGAACUGGUAACAUAGCAUUUAAUACUCAUACUGGAAUUGAAUAAAAGUGCACUUUGUCGUAAUUAUUUAUUUGGUGCUCAAAGCACAACUAAGUAAUGUAAGUCGGUAGCUAAUGUUUACAACUGAAUCGUUUAGUGUAAUGAACUGUAAUGUAUGCUUAUUUAUUUGGAGGUCGGUUGGGUUAUGGGCAAUGGCAAUUCUGAAUAAAUUGUAUGGAAAUAA